CAUCUGCCAUCUUCUUUCUCUCCGAAUCCCUCCUCCUUGCUCCGGGUUUUCCACCGUUCUGGUUUUCAUUCACAUUACCGUUCCUUCGUUCAUGACCCUUUGACUGAAGAAGUGCUUUUUCCACCGGUGAUUGCAAGGAGGGUUCCAAUUUUCCUUCCACCGGUCAUUUAGGGCUUUGCUUUUUUCCGAUGACUUAUAAUGAGGAUGACGGUGGCGGAGGAGAGCUCGUCCCGCACCUCACACUCCGAAUCCAGAAUGAUGAUAACAACGGGGGAUAUGUCAAAUUGGGGCCCGACCCGCAAGAUUCUGAGCCAGAGGGCUCGCUGAGUGAUGCGGCGAGAUGUUCUGUAUGGUAUUGGGUUAAAUUGGUGCUGUUCCUCGCAUUCUUAGGCUUCUUGGCUGCUGUUGUUAUCAUAUGGGUCGGACCCUUUUUCAUGGAUAAGGUGAUUAUACCAUUAAUUAACUGGGAGAGAAACGCAUUCAGCAGUCCGGUGUUAAUUGUUCUGAUAUUUGUUUCUGUAGCAUUAUUCCCAACGCUGCUUUUACCAUCUUCACCUUCUAUGUGGAUGGCUGGAAUGAAAUUUGGUUAUGGUUUUGGGUUCUUGCUAAUAAUAUCUGCAGCAUCUAUCGGUGUUUCACUCCCUUUUUUCAUUGGCUCAGUCUUCCAUCAUAAAAUUCAAGGGUGGUUAGAAAAGUACCCAAAGAAAGCUUCUUUUCUAAGAUCUGCAGGUGGAGGAAAUUGGUUUCAUCAAUUUAGAGCAGUUGCUUUGAUCAGGGUUUCUCCAUUCCCUUACAUACUCUACAAUUACUGUGCUGUGGCAACAAAUGUCAAGUAUGCACCUUAUAUAAUGGGAUCCUUGGUUGGAAUCGUACCAGAAAUAUUUGUUGCAAUCUAUACGGGGAUUUUCAUACAGACUUUAGCUGAUGCCUCCCAUGAAAAGCACACCCUAUCUGCCCUGCAAAUUAUCUUAAAUGUUUUUGGCUUCUGUUUAACUGUGGGUGCAGCAGUCUUUUUCACAGUCUAUGCUAAGAGGCGACUCAAACAGUUGCAAGAGGAAGAUGAGGUUUUGUUGCAAUAAUCCAGUAGUUUUUCAAGCUGGGUAUCUCUCUUUGCGGCAUGAAUCAAUUACCAUCUCAUCUGGGCAUAUGGUGCAAAGUUGGGUGAGGUUUUAUAUACAUAUUAAAUAACUUCAUCCAUGGGAAGGCUGGACGUCAAGUGUGCCAUAAAGGAUAGAAGGGGUUGUUGGAAGAUACCGGAGGUAACUAACUAACAUGACUUGGGAUUUAGAUUCUCUCAAUUUCUUAAGAUAGUGACAGACUCGUCAUUCAAAUGGUUCCUACUUCGUACGCAUCAUAACCAUCUUUUUUCAAGUUGACACUGUCAAUUAAACGAUUCAAAUCUCUUGACUAACACCAAUUGUAACUAAGCAUACCCCAUUUCUUUUUUACUUCAUCCCACUUCUUAUGUGCUUUCUUGUUGGUGUUUCAGUUGUCAUUGUAUAUGAAUGAAAUCCCCAUUUUAGAUUUGAUUGACUUGGACUCGGCAAGCUUUUGUGUCGUCGUAAAUUGAAUACAAUAAGGUUGCCCUCUCAUCUCUCAAGGGAAAGCUCGACUCAUUUCUUGGUCCUCUACGUUGUUAUUUUUCUUUUACCAAAAAAGAAAAGCAAGGAAGAACUUCUGACAUGGUUCACAACUAAUGUAAAUUCCGUAGUCUGAAGUCUUAA